CCUACCAGAGCCAAAUGCUUGAGGAGAGAGAAAGGAGCCAGCCAUGAACCCUUUCCAGCAAAAUGAGUGCAAGGAAACUCUGUGUUCACCUGUGUCCACUGAAGAGACACCACCUCAACUCUCCAGCUCUCUGAAGAAGACACCUCCGAAAAUCUGUGGCUCCAACUACCCAUUGAGCAUUGCCUUCAUUGUGGUGAAUGAAUUCUGCGAGCGUUUUUCCUAUUAUGGCAUGAAAGCUGUGCUGACCCUGUAUUUCCUGUAUUUCCUGCACUGGAAUGAAGACACCUCCACAUCUGUAUAUCAUGCCUUCAGCAGCCUGUGCUAUUUCACUCCCAUCCUGGGAGCAGCCAUUGCUGACUCAUGGCUGGGAAAAUUCAAGACCAUCAUCUAUCUCUCCUUGGUGUAUGUGCUUGGCCAUGUGAUCAAGUCCUUAAGUGCUUUUCCAAUACUGGGGGGGACAGUGGUGCACACAGUCCUGUCUCUGAUCGGCCUAAGUCUAAUCGCAUUGGGGACAGGAGGUAUCAAACCCUGUGUGGCAGCUUUUGGUGGAGACCAGUUUGAAGAAAAACAUGCAGAGGAGCGGACUAGAUAUUUCUCCGGCUUCUACCUUGCCAUCAAUGCAGGGAGUUUGAUUUCCACAUUUAUCACACCCAUGCUAAGAGGAGAUGUGCAGUGUUUUGGGGAAGACUGUUAUGCACUGGCUUUUGGAGUUCCAGGAUUGCUCAUGGUGAUAGCACUGGUUGUCUUUGUGAUGGGAAGCAAAAUGUACAGAAAACCACCGCCUGAAGGAAACAUAGUGGCUGGAGUUGUCAAAUGUAUCUGGUUUGCUAUUUCCAACCGCUUCAAGAACCGUUCUGAGGACAUUCCAAAGCGACAGCACUGGCUGGACUGGGCAGCUGAGAAAUACCCAGAGCAGCUUAUUACGGAUGUGAAGAGACUGACUAGGGUCCUGUUCCUUUAUAUCCCAUUACCCAUGUUCUGGGCUCUUUUGGAUCAACAGGGUUCCCGAUGGACUUUGCAAGCCACUAAGAUGAAUGGGAACUUGGGAUUUUUUGUGCUUCAACCGGACCAAAUGCAGGUACUAAAUCCUCUUCUGGUUCUUAUCUUCAUCCCCCUGUUUGAUCUUGUCAUUUAUCGUCUGAUCUCCAAAUGUGGCAUUAACUUCUCAUCACUAAGGAAAAUGGCUGUUGGUAUGAUCCUAGCAUGCCUGGCUUUUGCAGCUGCUGCAGCUGUAGAAAUAAAAAUAAACGAAAUGGCCCCAUCCCAGCCAGGUACUCAAGAGAUUUUCCUACAAGUCUUGAACCUGGCAGAUGAUGAGGUGAAGGUGACAGCGCUGGGAAAUGAGAAUAAUUCUCUAUGGGUAGAGUCCAUCAAAUCCUUUCAGAAAACACCUAAUUAUUCCAAAAUGCACAUGAAAGCAAAAAGCCAAAAUUUCAGCUUCCACCUAAAUUAUCACAACUUGUCUGUCUACACUGAGCAUUUUGUAAAGGAGAGAAACUGGUACAGUCUGAUCAUCCGUGAAGAUGGGAAAAAUAUCUCCAGCAUGAUGGUAAAGGUUAUGGAAAAUGAAACAGCCAAUGGAAUGUCAGCUGUGAGGUUUAUUAAUACUUUGCAUGAAAAUGUCAACAUCUCCUUGGGUACAGAUCCCUCCCUCAAUGUUGGCGAAAACUAUGGUGUGUCUGCUUACAGAACUAUUCAAAGAGGAGAAUACCCUGCAGUGCACUGUAAAACAGAGGAUAAGGACUUUUCUUUGAAUUUGGGUCUACUAGACAUCGGUGCCUCAUAUCUCUUUGUCAUUACUAAUAACACCAAACAAGGACCUCAGGCCUGGAAGAUGGAAGACAAGCCAGCCAACAAAGUUUCCAUUGCAUGGCAACUGCCACAAUACGCCCUGGUCACAGCUGGGGAGGUCAUGUUCUCCGUCACUGGCCUCGAGUUUUCUUAUUCACAGGCUCCCUCUAGCAUGAAAUCCGUCCUCCAGGCAGCAUGGCUGUUGACCGUUGCUGUUGGGAACAUCAUUGUGCUUGUUGUGGCACAGUUCAGUGGCCUGGUCCAGUGGGCUGAGUUCAUUUUGUUUUCCUGCCUCCUCCUGGUGGUCUGCCUGAUCUUCUCCAUCAUGGGCUACUACUAUAUUCCCAUACAGCCAGAAGAUAUUAAGGAGCUAGAAGAUAAGCAGAUUCCCCCUAUCCAAGGAAAUAUGAUCAGCCUAGAAAUCAAGAAGACAAAACUUUGAUGACUUCCUGGACUCCGCCCCAACCCAAGUUAUUGGUCCUGGUCUCAGACAUCUCCCGUCUUCAAGCAUCGUGUUUUUCUUUACUAGAUUAGGGGAGAGAGAGAGAGAGAGAGAGAGAGAGAGAAGCAUAAUUUAUGAGCUGACCUUUCCAUGUUUCUCCUAGGAUAGAGAUAGUUCCUGGACUGGAUUUUCCAGUAUGAAGUUAUACAAGACCCCUGGGAGCUUGUCUUUUCAUCUAUUAGAGAAUUCAAUAAGCCUUGUGAAAAGUUGUUAAAGUUGGCCUGAUGUCUCCAAACGGCCAUUAAAAUACAAGUGCACAAGUGUGUUGUUGAGAUCACUCUCUGAGCAUAUGCAAAGUUAUGGGGGUUUCCUUUACAGGUAGGAGCCAUUGAGAACUGAUGA